AUGCUAGGUUUGGGCCAAUCCGCUCAGGCUUAUUCCAGCAAUGACGAUAUCAAUAUGAACUUGGAAAAGGACAAAGUAGCCGACACCUCACGGCCUAAUAAGCCAAACAACCUUCAAUACCCUCCUCGUGAUACGCGCUUUUCAUCUCAUAAACAGCACUCUGGGAUAUUGCCAAAUGAGUGCCCUGGUCCCACUUUAAAUACAGGUGCUGGCAGCGUUGGCAUACCAGGUUGUGGCAAAGUUAGAAACAAAAAAGUAACUGACAAAGAUAAUAUUACUAGAUCUACUUUGGCAAGUUUUGAUGCUAGCAAUAUGAUCGAGGCAAGAAUGAACAGCAAGAAUAUCCCCGUUGGUUGUCAAGAUACAUCCAUGCCACAUUUCCAUGGUUCUUUUGCUCAGCAUAUACCAGGUGCAGGUUCGCCUCAAAGCGAGCCUCACCAUAUUAGAGCGUGGAACGAUAUUUCUUCCUAUGGUACCGAUAAUAGCGAUCCAAAUAUGAUGCACCCACAGGCUGCUCCUUUAGACAGGUACAACGAACACAUGAUAAGAGAUGAAAAAUUUAACAGUUCUACUUCCUCGUACACCGCCCACGUACGCGGAUCACCAGCAGAUAUUCCAGUUGCCAGCCAGGAUACUGAAGGAAAAAAGAAUUACGAAUAUGGAAUGAAGGACCAAUACACUGUCCCAAGAAACUACGCCAUAGACGAAACCAAUCCUUCGAUGAAUCUUUCAAGUACCGCUGAUCCUGAUAUUUUAAACCUUAAGAAUAAGGUCUUACAUGAGUAG